AUGGCCUCCUCCGACACUCCCCCUGGAUAUCCCCGCAUCACCCCCUCCAGUCCCAUCCGCGACUUCGGCCCCGGUCGCAUGGACUACGAGCGCUGUGCAGCCCUGCACAACGAGCUCCUAACACGCGUCGUGAAAGCAAAAGGCGGCUCCAUGCCCCCUGCUCCUCCAAGCUGGUGGGAGGCCAGAGCCCCACCCCCGGAAGUCGCCGACGCUCUGCAUCCAUCCCUGAUCGAGUUCCUCAAGAGGGCAUGGGAUGAAGACGUGCUGCUGAAGCCUCUCUUUUUCUUCAUUGGGGCAUUGAAGUUCCCGGAAGGAUUUUUCGAGGACGAUGUCAGGUACAGCUUUGGUCUUGUUGAUGAGCCUGGACGGUUUCUGAAGCUGUACCAGGCGGCUGGUUUUCGGAUGGGGGAUGAUGAGGGUCUUCUCUUUGACCAGAAGUCCAUGAAGGCAAGCUUUGUCGAGGACUAUAAUGACACUAAGUAUAUCACCAGUCAUGAAUGGAGCUGGAUGCCCCUGGAGGUGAUUCUGGAUUCAUAUCUCCAGAUGAUCGACGAAGGAAAAGUGACCGCGAUACCCGCAACGCUGCCAGAGCUACGCCGCGAUUUCACCGUUGGAGUCGUCGAGCCCUGGAUGAUUCACCAGUACACGAAAACAGACCUGGAGAGGGCAACCACCGCAUUCAAGCGUCUCAUACACGCAAUCGAGUCCCGGGUCGAGAACCAAAAGAAAGACAAGCCAAUUGCUCUUCUGGACCUGCCAUGGCAUGAUCCAGCAAUAUACAAUAAGGAUAUCCUGCCCUCGUUCUCAUUCGCCCACGAGUUCCUAACCGCCAUCUCCGCCUGCAAAGUCUCAUUCCGCUACAUCGCCCCUGGGAUCCGAUUCCCCACGACCCCUGAAUUCAACAACCAGCCCAUCACCGACUUCGUGACCUCCCCACACAGAAACCUAGGCCAAUUCCCAGGCAACUGCCCCCUCCGCCUCUUCCAGGUCGACACGGACACGGACACAGAGACAGCCGGAGAGCUAGUCGGACCCUGUGAUUACCACAACGGGAUCCACAACAUAACACCCGGGUUCUACAUCAACCCCGUCGUCGAGCGCUGGCCCCUUUUCUGGAGCAAUGGGUGUCGACUCUUCUUACCCUUCGGCAUCGGUCGGCAGGGAUGGGCUCGGUUCUCUAAUGGCCAGCCGUUGGGGCUCCGCGAUGGCGACCUUGAUUUCGAGGAAGCGAGGCUUUACGAUGACCCCGGGGCUCUGUACCAGGCUGGCAUAACGAAUGGGAUCACGAACGCUCAUUUGGUGGUGAUUGACAAGGUGUUGAACAAUUGGGCGGAGAGGGUUGAGGGGGGCGAUUGGGAGGUUGAUGGGGAUGGGGUUCGGGGGGGGAUUGAGAAGUUUCGAGAGGCUGAUACGGAGGAGCAUUGGGAGAAGUAUUGGAUUCCGCCGUCGUGGUGA